AGUCCACCAUGCUUACCAUCCUGUGGACACUGCUCAGCUCUGCUCUCCCAGUGUUGGGGCCCCACACUCCCGUCAGCUGUCCCAAGGCCAAGGAAUGUUUCCUGGCUCUCCUCUCCAGCCAUGAUGUGCUCUUGGAAUGCACUAUCUCCGAUACAAACUGGUUAUUCUCUAGGCUCAGUGGAGGUGGUAAGCCCGUCAACCUAUCCAGUGUUUCCAAUAUAAGAAAGAGCCCAGAAGGUGGUCUCCAUAUCCACAACCCAUUACCCUCCAACACGGGCCUCUACCAAUGCCUGGACAAGUAUGGAACCCAAGUGACCAGUUACAAGAUUGAUUUCCAAGAUAUCACCAAGCUGCAUGCCACGCAUACAAACCUGGGUCAGAAGCCCCUAAUGAAUGAGACACUGAACCUGAGUCACAGAGAGGUAGUGUAUACCCAAUGGGGACCUUGGCAGAGAUGCAAUAACUGUGGGAGACAGGGAGAGCGCAAACGCCUGGGUUACUGCUACAUCAAGGAGCCCUUAGAGGAGCCUGUACCCUGUGGGCUCUACUUGUGGGGUGCAAAUAUGUUUUACGCCCGAAUAAGGCCUGAGAUGCAGGUGGAAAUCUGCUUUGUGGGGUGCCAAGGUCAUCUGACGGGUGGAGACUACGUCAUCUUCGAUAACUUCAAGCUCACAGAGGAGUCCGGAUCAGCACGGCUUACCUGUCCCUUCGCAUCCAUCUACAGGCCUGUCCACUGGGAAGCUGACAACAGCCCUCUGACAUGGCAGGACCAGCUCUCUGGCCAGACGGUCAGCACCAUCAUGGACCUGCACAGUGGUGGCCAGCACCUGAAGGUCUUCCAGCCUGCCACUUACAGAUGUUUUGUGGAGCAGGAGCUCAUAGCCCAGUUCAACCCCACUGAGAGACAAUCCAAAGCCCAGAACCCUUGGCAGCCCAGAAUCCAGCCAGACAAGGCAGACUCCGUUCUUAGGAGAUUGAAGUUGAUGGUGCUGAGUAUCUCUGUACUGGCCGUUGGAGGGCUUCUCUGUAAGGUGGUUUUCCGUCCUGUCUGCGGCAAGAAGAGGAGUCAGGUCCUCCUGGUGAAAUAAACUGAGCCUUCUGUAGCCAAGAGGACCUGGUAUCUCUCCACUGUCCCAUCCUUAGCUCUAGCCAUCCAUAAGUGGCACCACAUGAGCCACUGGAGGUGUGUGAGCCAACAAAGACCUGGAUUAAGAUCUAGUGGCCACUUCACUCUUUGUUCUGUGCCCUGCUCGGCUUACCUAUUGAUCACCCCCAUUGUACAGAUAGGAAAACUGAGGGAAGUCUGUCUAGUGAUUGGAGAUUUGGAAUUCUCGGGUUCCUUAGAAGGAGAAAGGGAAGGAGGGAACCUUCUCAGGGUGUGUGGUGUGACUUUCUCUGGGCAGCUGUGAACAACCAUCUGUUCUUCCCAGAUCAGACACUAAUGACAGACUAAAGAAAUGACUACAUGAAA